UUUCAGUUUUGUUUUUUUUUCAGCGAUAGGAGUUUGUUGGUUUUUCUCUGUGAUGGUCGAAAAUGAAAUUCUCGCGUAUUUUCAAUCGCUUUCACAUUGAAUAAAGCGUGUGAAAUGCCCGUUAAAAUCCUAGGAGAAAUAUGGGUGGAUGCAUAGGAAUAACGAGGAGCCACAGCGGAGCUGUGGGGAGCAGUACAGUUACAAGACCCCAGUCAGGUAACCAACACAAUAAAACCUACAGGCUAACUCAUGAAAUAAUAAGGUGGAAAUCGGACGUGCCCUUAACAGAGGGCCAGCUGAGAUCCAAAAGGGAUGAGUUUUGGGACACCGCCCCAGCCUUUGAAGGACGCAAAGAGAUAUGGGAUGCUUUAAGGGCAGCCGCUAUGGCCGCAGAACAACGAGAUUACGAGCUGGCCCAAGCCAUAUUAGAUGGAGCCGGUGUUUUUGUGCCUAACGGGUAUAUUACGGACUGUUACGACCAGUUGGGUCAAAGGUAUCAGGUGCCAAUAUACUGUCUGUCUUAUCCCAUAAAUAUCGUAAAAGAGGACGGUCGGGAUUCCCCGGCUGUUGAGUCUGAACCAGUCGAGGCGGGCAGCGAAACCUGCCUGAAACUGAGACUUAGUCAUAGUUGCAAUGACGUCAAACUGGCUGUGUAUUCUAGCGAUAGUAUCAGCGUAUGUAAAAAGAAAUUACAGAGCCAAGAAGGUAUUGACGCAUCAAGACAACGAUGGUUUUACGGGGGGAAACUCCUCGGGGACAAACUUCACGUAGAAGAGGCUAAAAUCCCCCCCGGCUACGUUGUACAGGUUAUUGUAAAUUUGGAAAACACCAGUUAGUGGUAAGAGGUUGUAGAUAGCUUAGGUUAGGUAAGACUAUUUAAAAGAAAAAAAAAUCAAAUGAUACAAUACGUGGGACUGACCGAACAAUGGUUGUGAGGCUAAUUACUGAGAAGUCCCUAAAACAUUAGGACCAUAUCAAAAGAUAGAUAAUAAAUAGACUACUUGUUAUAUAUUAUAUUAAAUAUUUGAAGUAUUUGCCCGUUUUUAGGGCGUCGUGUGGAUAUUAAUGAAAAAUGCGCACAGAUAAAUUUGUAAGUGUCGCCUGGUGCAGUUUCGUAAAACUUUACUAAUCAUUUUUGGCAUUUAUGCCACCGUUACCUAAAAUCUUUUUCGAUAUUUCAAAAGUUGUUUCUUAAUGUUUGCACUUGCGAGUUUUUGUGUUCGGGAACAUCACUUGUAUAUAAGUUGUGUGAUUUUUUGAAAUUCUUCUACUGUUAAGGACUGACUUAGGAAUUCUAACGUUAGAGCCGGGAGGUCUGCAUUGUUAAUUUAUUUGUUUUGAAGGUUUACGCAUUUUUCGUUUUUUUUUCUCAAUUUUCAUUGUAAUAAUUAUUGUUAAUUUAAGUGCCAUAAACUUGUUUGAAAAUGGUUGGCCUCCUGUGCAACAAAUUGUAUCAUAACAUAGUUAGGUUUAGUUUAAAGCAUUUGUAAAUUUUAGGUAUUUGUAUGCUUUUAUUUAUAUUAAUUAGUCUACGCGAGUAUUUUAUAUUUAUUUGCCAGUAAAACUAAAAGAUUUAUAUUCGUCAUUCUAUUUUCUGUUCAAACUGUUUUCUAGCGAAGCAUUUUUUUUUAAAUUCUAAUAAGAUCAAGAAUAAAUAUUCUUGUAAAUUAGUGAUCAAAAAAUUAUAAUCAGAUGAGGUGUUUUGUGGUCAAGUGCACUGCAAAACUAUUUGCCAAAGUUUUCAAUUAUGUUUAAUUUAUCUUUAAGGCUCUAGAUAGAAAAGGGGUGCUUAAAAUCUAUUGUUGCAUUUCAUACAGUUAAGAAAAUUGUGAUAAAAAGAUAAUUUUACAGCGUAUUAAAGAAAAUCCUUAAGGAGAAAUUGCAUACAUUCGAUAUGUAACGCGUUCGAUUUCGUUGCGAUUCGCAACUUUAACAAAAUAAACGAUUUUAUUUGUGUUAAAUAGCAAGUUCUUUUUUUAUUGUUGUAGUUCUUUAUGGUAAGAGGCAUUGUGUUUAAGCUAAAUGAAAUUAAAAGUUUUGAAGAUAUAAUCGAGUGAUUGCUUAACAAUUAUCUUCAUUCUUUACAUUUGUAAAAUAUUGGCAAGACCACAGCCAAAAUUAAUGUCUGUUAAGUCAUCAGAAGAUCAUCAUAAAAAUCGGCGACUUAAUUUACAUUGGUAAACUAAAUGUGAGUGGUUAACCGGAUCAAACAAAAGAAAAAAAACUAUUGUAGGCCUUGUUUUUUAUUUUCAGCACAAAUGUGCCAAUGAAAGGCAUUCUAAAUCUAAACGACUUGGUUUGAUUUUUUUAGGGAAAAACGAUUCAACAGUCAGCUUCUAGACAUCGCGUCAUAUAUUAUUCAAAAUACCAAACUCUAAUAUUCAGAAUGUUUGUUUUAAUUUUUUGUAUAGAGAAAAUUGAUUUAACGAGAGGCAUUUCUUAAGGUAAAGUGUAGAAUAUCGUUUAUUUUGUUUAAGAGGAAAAAACUACGACUUCGGUGAGUAUUUUUGUUAGUUUUCCCUACUUCUUUUAUUCAUUUUUACUUAAUACUUGUAUCUCUAAACUGUAUUUAUAGCAUUUUAUACGUCAUUGCAUAUAAAUAUUUUUUAACCCUGAAAAUUAGUAUAUAGAAAAUUAGUAGUAAAAUUAGUACCGUCAAAGGGGUGAAUCGGGACGACUUAGAUAUUUAUAUAUUUUUUAUACAACUGCCGAACAAAAUUAAAAUUUGGCAGAAAGUGACCGUAGUCCAUACAACAGCAGAAAUAUGUAUUCGAUUAUUUUUUAAUUUCCAUGGAUUAUAAAAAAAAUAAAUAAAUAUAGGGUGUCCCAAUUGACCUCGUUUUGGGGCGAAUCGGGACGCGUUGUUUUAUGCCAUGUAAAAUGCAUGUCGCCCCGCGUAUGAGGUGAAUCGGGACCAAAAAUUUAAAAAAAUUAUAUUUUUCAUAUAUUUUUAAGUAUAAAAACAAAAAAAAUACUACAGUAAAAUACAAAAACAGUCUUUAUUUUACAGUUUUCACUUACAAACUUAAAAAAACCACAUUAAAAAAAAUAUUUUCAGAAAUAAUAUAAUGAUAUUAGAUGGCAUAAGAUUUUAACUUUAAUUGUAAAGGAAAUUUGUAUCCUCCUCGUCGCAAUUCGGUUGGUUUAGGUAGUUUUUUAUUAAUUUGUUCCGGCGUAAUCAUGCAAAUAUCUUCCACUGUUGGAAAAAUAAAACUAUUUUUUAUUUUUCGGUUUGAUCUGAGAGAUUUAACUUCAAAACUUUUACCAAAGAGUCCCUUAAUUUGCCCGAUAAAAUAUUUUUCUACUUUAUUUGUCUUAAACUUAACCUCGACAAAAUCGUCAGUGGCAAUGCUAUUUUCCAUUGGAUGCUAUACAUUAAAGCACUCGUCCAGUUCCAUUGCUUCAGAUUCUGCUUUAUCUGACUCAAGUUCGAAGAUGUCGUCCUCUUGAGAGUCUUUAGGCACUGUUGUCUUGUUUGUUGACGGUUCCGGUUGCGCUUCUAAAAAAUCUGUGGUAGAAAUGCUUUUGCCACCGUCUAUAGAUUACAAGUCAGACCACUUCCUAUACCGCCCGUGUUAAAGCAAAAUUGACCUUGAAUCCCGCUGUUUGCUGCGUACGAGCGUUUACCAGGGUUUAUCGUAAAUAUCGAUGAAAGCAAAUUCUGAGGCGCGCUGAUUAUUUUUAUACGAGGAGUAUUCAUAAGAAGUAUUUUAAGUCAUAAAAUAAGAACUUUUUUUAUAGGACUGGAAUAGAAUGUGUUUAUAUGACAGUGUUUCUUAAUUAUUAACGUUUUUACUCAUUUUUUAUAUUAGCUUCACUUCUUUGCCUUUAUGUAGCAAUGUUUGUAUGUAUGUAUAUAACAAAUCUAAGAAUUCUAUUUAAACUAUAACUUCUACUUGUCAGAUUGUUUUCAAAUUUUGUAGGUGCUUGGCUUUCGAUAACAAGGACAGUUUUUAAAAUGUUUUUGAGUUUCCCUUUUCUAAAAUUGGUGUAUCUAGAAGUUUUGAUCAGUUCAAUGAAUUUGAACUUUUAAUAAAAUUGGAAGCGUUUAAUAUGGCGGAUCAAAAUGGCUGCCUUUUAAGUCAAAUAUAAUAUAUAAAAAGUGAAUUUGAAAAAAACCUUGUUGAAUAUUACUUACUUGUUGAAUUGUUUAAAUUUGCUACAUUUUUAGGAGUCUUAUCAAAAAAUACAAGUUUUUACUUAAUAUUUGUGGAAAUUUUAGAGAUGAAUAUUCAAAAAAUAAAUCUAAAGUUAAAAAAAAUAAACAAUUAAAAAUCACAUUUAAACGCACUAAAAAAUAUAAAAUAAUUUAAAUACGGUAUGGGUUAUUUUAAUUUUUGAAUUAGGUCGUUUUAAAAAUACAAAAGCGCAAAAGAAUAACAAACAAUUAUCAUAAUAAGCGCUAAAUAAGUAGUUUUGUAAAUUAUAUACUUUGUAUUCAUUUGUGGAUAUAGUAAAUAUAUAUAAAAUACGUUAAAAUAUCAAAAUUUACCGGGUCUUAAACGCCGACUUUGGUGGCCGACAAAAAGAAGUGGGGUGUGUUGGUUUGGGAUAAUAGGCUGUAAAAUCGGCUAAAACUAUUCCAGUAACAUUACGGGGAGAAAAUAAAUAAUAAACUAUUUUUUAAGACACAAAAUACGGAACAAAAUAUUUAACAUAUAGGGAUGAAAUACAUACUACUUUAUUGUUGGGUAAUUAUAUUUAUACAAGUAGUAUGUAACCAAAUUAUUGUCUAAAACGCUACAAGCAAAAACUCUCUCGCGAAACGGAUGCACACAAGUUAACGUACUUGCGAAAACUAAACCUGGGCUCUACCCAGCCGAUGCAUGGCGAGGUGAGGAACGGGGGGUGGGGCAAUCGAUUUCAGGGCCGCUCGAGUGGUCUGACUUGUUGUAAUCUAUAGACGGUGCUUUUGCCUGGCUCGACUGUAACUUUCUUUUUCCUUGCUACAGUAGGCUUGCAUGCAUUCCUGCUUUCGUUAAGUACUUCUACCACAGAUUCCGUCCAGUCAUUAGGAUCAUCUUCUUCGAGGUUUCUUUCUGGUGGCAACCUUUUCAAAACUUGAUUUCUAUCGAUGGGAAUGAUUCCCGUGCCACGAAAACCGCUUUUAAUAUUUUGUGUUAGAGUUGCUUCUAGUUUGCUUAUAGCUUGCCUUAGUAGGCUUGGAAAAUACUCCUUCGGCAAAGAACCCUUGUAUUGUUUUUUCCAACCUUCUAGAGUUGACCUCCAAGCCUUUUUCAUCGGGCCAAAAACGGACACGUCAAGUGGCUGUGUUAAAUGGGUUGAAUUUUGCGGCAAAAAAGAAAACCGAAUAUUAUUUUCUUCGCAUAAUUCAACCGCCCUAUGCCACAAAUGACUACACAAAUUAUCGCCAAUGACAACCGUUGGUGCCGGACGCGUCUUCAAGAAAGAUAGAGCUAUGGAAAUGAACCAGUCUUCAAACAUUAUUUCGUCCAUACCGCGCACCUGGUGGCCCAUUUGUCAACCAGGUAUCCUAUAGAUGCUCGCUUUUAUAAACAACAAAUGGGGGUAAUAGAUGGCCAUCACCACUUACUGCAAACAUCACUGAUGUCGAUUGUUUUGUUGAAUCGAUGAUCCGUUCUGGAUGCCUCGUUUUUCUUUUUACGAUGACCUUUUUCCGUCCGGGAUCAUCCAUAAAGCAUGUUUCAUCAUAAUUAAUGACGGACUCAGGUUCAACGUUUUGCAAGUUGGUUUGGAGAUUAUCGAAGUAUUUAUUUACUGUUUCCCGAGUCACGGCUGCACGAGACCGUUUGAUAUUCUCGCACAGUCUCUCAGUCAGAAGUUCUUUAUGUCGGACACAAAACAAAUUCGCCCAAUCAACACCGGCCAUAUUAUUUUUAAAUUUCGCCACUCUUGCCCCUUUUCUAUCAAGAUAUCCCUUUACAAUGUAUCGAAUAGUAGUUUUCUCCAUUGGGUAUGCCCACUCUCCCGCCAGUACUAUUAAAUGGACCAGCCUGGAUUCCUCAGCUCCUAUCAAAAUUGUUUGACCACCUUGUUUCUUUGGCUUCUGCUUCGCAUGACGCUGUAAUGUCGAUUUUGGGAUGUUAUAUAAUGCCUUUACGUCUCGAAGAGUUAUCUGGCCUCUUUUGAACUGCCUCAAAGCCUUUGCCAGUUGUUCUUGACUAUAAUUUUGACAGACCUUAGUCCCAGGCGUUUUUUUGUAUUUCCGGACCAUUGUCCCGAUUCACCGCUGAAAGCGAGUUUUUAUGUUUAAAAAUUAAUAAUAAAAAAACUAGACAAAAUAAUUUAACAGAAGUCCACUCAACAUCUAGAAAAUUCCCACAGGUAUACUAUAUUAACAACCCAAUGCUCAAAUCUCCCAAUAAAUAUCUUUUCCAAACAAAGUUAGCAGCAGAUUGAAAGAACGUUAAAUUUCGCUCUAAUAUGUGGACACUUGUACGCACUGGAAUCUUUCAAAUAACUAACGGCCACGCGUGAAUGUCAAACAGCUGUUGUCUACAACAGGUUUUUCAUAUUACCCAUCCUAAAAACAUUUGCUGCAUGCAUGAAAAUCACGUGUUUGUAAAAAAAUUUCAAACUGUCCCGAUUGACCCCCUGGUCCCGAUUCACCCCGUUUGACGGUAUAUCAACAUAAUUCUAAACGUUGGUAAAGAACAAAUAAUAGUUUUCUUUAGCACAACUCAACUAAAAACCUCGUCUGACCAAGAAUAAAAUCAUUAAAAUAGUACAUUUUUACAAUGAAAUAUUUUCUAGUGCAAUAUACUGGUUUUUUUUUCUAUUUGACUGUUACCGAAACAUUUUGUAUGAUUAAAUAGACCUUUUUGCAGGUAUCUGUUUGUGAUAGGGGGUUAAUCAAAAACCACAUUGUUAUAUUGUCCGAUAUCAUAAAUAGAUCAUAGAUUUUAACAUUAAAAGACUGCCUAUACAGAUAUUUGAGAUUUCAGGUGUGAUACCGACGCAUUUUGAGUCAAGUAGCCGUUUUUUUUUUUGCUUUCUUUUGAAGUACAUAGAUUUUUAUUUAAUUCAUUCUUAUAACUCUUGUGAUAGAUUAUACAAGACAGAAAUUACUCAUUUUUUAAUUCACUUGUUACGGGUUUCUCAUUGUUGUUUGUACGUUUUUCCACAUUUGCUAUAUAUAUAUGGGGUGUGAAAAGUGGGGAAUUAUGCGAGUGAAAAGGGGAUCAUCAUUUUUGCCCUAUUUUUGGCAUCGUAUAUGUAUAAUAAUUAUGGCCUUAAUAUUAUCGAAUACGAAUGUGGUAAAACCGGCCAUAUAUAGCACAAAUUUGCGCGUGUUUUUUUUGGUACUAGCAACUAAAUUAGUGUCAAUAUUGGAAAUUUUACUGGUGUAAGUGGUGUACGUACCUUAAAACUCUGGUUUUUAUUAUAGAUUUUGAAAAUAAAGAUUUGUUACAUAA